AUGGGCCUCACGGUCUACUGCACCUUGGUGACCAGCUCCCGGGAGAUCAAAUCUCAACAGAGCGAAGUGACCAGGAUCCUGGAUGGAAAGAACAUCAAGUACAUUCUGGUGGAUAUUUCCCAGGACAAUGCCUUGCGGGACGAAAUGAGGGCCAAAUUGGGCAACCCCAAAGCCAUUCCUCUGCAGAUUUUCAAUGGGGACCACUACUGCAGGGACUACGAGUUAUUUGUGGAAGCAGUGAAACAAAACACCCUGCCAGAGUUCCUGAAGCUAGCCUGAGCACAUUACUUCUCUUCCUCCAUCCUUGCUGGCCUUCU